ACUUAGCAGCUUAAUUUAUUAUUUUUAUCAUCCCACAUGGUUUUUGUGGGUCAAAAAUCUGGUUGCAGCUUAGCCGGAUGGUUCUGGCUCAUGGUCUUAUGAGGAUGCAGUCCAGAUGUGGGCUGGGGCAACAGUCAUUUGAAGUUCAACUGGGGCUAGAGUAUCUGCUUCCAAGGUAGCUUACCCACCCGCCUGGCAAGUUUCUGACAAGAGGCCUCAGUUGCUUGCCACAUGGACCUUUCCAUAGGGCUGCUUGAGUGUCUCCAUGACAUGAAAUCAAGUGAUCCAAGAGAGAACAAUAUGGAAGACACAGUGUCUUUUAUGACCUAACCUUGGAAGUCACACACUGUAAUUUCCACAGUAUCCUAUUGGUUAUCACAGAUCUGCUUUAUUCAUUGUGGCAGGGGACUUCACAAGGGCUGAAUACCAGGAGGCAAGAAGCAUUGUGACCAUUCUGGAGGCUGGCUACCACACUUGGGAUUAUACCACUCUGCCCUCUGUCACAGUCUGAAAAGAUCUGGACCAUCUACCAUCUGGGCAUCCACAGAACAUCUCAUUGAUUCUCUACUUUGAUGGCAUCAUGCUAAUCAAGUAGAUUAGUGAGAAAUGACUGGCAUGUUGGAGGCCUAGAAAGAAAAAUGCACUGCAAAGAGUAGGAUAUAAUCCACAUGAAGAUCCAAGGACCCGCCACAUGAGAACAACUUUGAGAGCCCAAGGGUCGAGGGCAUGGGGGUCAUAUCAUCCAAAAUAAAAGACGAAUGAUCACAUCUUGCACCUCCUACAUGAGGAGGGAAGCACAAUGCCUGAUAGAACUCUUCAGAUUUCGGAGACAGCAUAUUUCAUACCCGGGAACACUUCUCUGGCCUGUAUACCACAGGCUGUGACACAAAAGGCUGCCACUUUGCAGCCCAGAGUAGGCAAGUUCUCUGGGGACCAGUACAGUGUGGGCUGCAGUGACAGCAGCCCUGCCAUUUGGGCCACAAGACUCGGCAGCACUUAGGGGAGUGGAGGCAUCAGUGGUUGGAAAAGGUGCCAUGUGGAAUUCAUGGCAUGCUCCGGUGGGAGAUCACAACACUGGCUUCUGGAGGUCUGGAUCAAGGCGUGCAGUCUGCAGUGGGGAAUUCUAAGUGCUCUGUAAAACUGCUGCACUGCUGUGGGCCCUCAGAGGACCAGGGGACACGAGGUGACCUCAUGUCCCAAACUGCCUGUCAUGAGGUUGCAGCGCAAAGCACUCGUGUUUAGCUGUCCAAGUGCAGUCAGAAGUUCACCGAUAGAUUCUCUACCGUGUCACCUCCUUUCUUUCCUGGAAGAAUCCCUUCGUCCUCCUGCUUCUUUGUGAGACACAGCUUAGUUCCACUAGGACACCUGGUGGAAUGUGGGGAAUGCAGCCCCCAGAGCGGGAAGGAGGAGGGAGCUGAACGUGCGGAAAGUGCCCUUGCUAUUGCUAUUUUAGAAGGCCUGCUGCCGGACAGGCAAACAAAACCUCAGGCCUCGGCCCCUUACCGUUGGCCUAGGGUCAGUGGUGAUGAGCCGACAAGCCCCUCUCCGCCUCCUGGACCUUGCAGCGCAGAGCCUGCUGAGUGACGAAGACUCAGCCAUGCGUGCCCUGGGAGAGCUCCCUGUGGGCCUCUUCCCAACACUGUCCGCUGUGGCCUUUGAAGGGGGACACACAAAGACGGUGACAGCAAUGGUGCAGGCCUGGCCCUUCCCCUGCCUCCACCUGGGAUCAUUAAGGGAUCAGUCAAUAACUCAAGACCUGUUGGAAGCGGUACUAGAUGGGCUGGAAUUGGUUCCUACCAACACUGCUUGCCCCAGGAGAUCGAAGCUAAAGGUGCUGGAUUUUACCCAUGACUUUGAGCACUCCAACUGGGAGGAAUGCUCUGAGACCUCUCCUGCACCGUUUGUCAUCACGCAUGUGCUAGAAGAGCCCGAGGCAGACCAGCUCACGCCCAGUUUCAGAGAACAGCCUCGGAGUGACCGAGAACCUGUGGACAUAUACACGGACCUGUUCUUAGGUGGUUUGUUCGGUUUCUUCCACCUGUCUGGGUUUCCGUCGUACAUAUUGCAGCGAGUCGGGAAGAGCCACGGCUGUCUGCGCCUCCACUGUCGGACACUGGUCAUUAACCAAGUGCCAUUCCGCAGCCUCAUAGAGAUCCUGGGAAUGCUGGAGCUGGAGGCCAUCCGAGAGGUGAGGCUUCAUCACAGGAGCAGGUUCUGCUUCCAGUCAGACCUCAUCCAGUUCUUCACCCAGCUAGGGCAGAUGAGCAGCCUGGGCAAACUCAUCAUGAGCGACAUCCCCUGGGAUUUCCCAGCUGACUGUUUCUCCCUGCUGAGUCCGCUGGGCCACCUCCAGAAGCUCCACCUCACCUUUGGCUGUCUCUCGGGUCAGCUCCAUAAGAUGCUCAGUGGCCUGCAAAAACCAUUGGAGACUCUGGUGAUUAAUGGAUGUAGGAUUACUGAGAAUGACAUCACCUACUUGUCCCAGAGCACUCAUGCCACCCGCCUGAAGGAGUUGGUCCUGUGUAGCAAUAACCUGUCCCAAACGGUCCCUGGGCCCCUCGAGGUUCUGCUCGGUGAGGUCUCCGGCACGCUGGAGCACCUGAACCUGAGGAGCUGCCGGCUGAAGGAGGCCCAGCUCCGUGCCCUCCUGCCCGCCCUGUGCUGCUGCUCCCGCCUCCGCUCCCUCGUGUUCUACGACAACGUCAUCUCCACGUCAGGCAUCAUGAACGUGCUGCAGCACUUAGCGGGGCUGAAGGAGCUGAAGCGUGUGCACUACCCUGUGCCUGCUGAAUGCAUUGUGUACUUGGAUGAAUACAGGUGGGGGAACCUCAACAGAGUGGAACUCGCCCGGGUCCACACCAGACUGCAGGAAAUGCUGCAAGCUCUGCAGCGGGCCGACAUGGAGCUGACGAAUUGUACCUCGAUGCCCUGACUUAUGAAAAUGCACAGCUGGCCUGAUGGGGAAGAGCAGCAGCAGUGGAUCUCGCAGCUGUGGCAGUGGAGUUCCUGAACGGGUGGUGUGGCUUUAAAGAAAACUAUGGAAAUGAGAAACGGUGCAGUGAACACUAGCGGUGACGUCUCUUUCCGGGUAGAGCCGGCCUCCGUUAUUCAUGAAAUCAACAGGCACUAGCGCUGUUCUGAUGCCGGGAUAAAAAGAAAACCUCUCCAGCACUUGUCCUUCUGCUCUGUUUACCCAAUUUCUCUUUCAUUUUGCUUCCCACUUUGACCAACAAGCAAUUGGGUGAUUUUCUUCUCGAAACACUUGUUUAUAAAGUGGGGUAAGGGAGAUGUUAAUCAAGGAAUAGGUAAGUGUAAGGUGCCCAGCACAGGGCUUUUCUUCACUCGCUUAUUCACCAACUACUUGUGGACUUCCUGCUUUGCUCAGAAACGGCUCUCUGGGGAAUACAGCAGCAAACAGUCCAGGUUUCUGCCUCCAAAAGAACUUCACUUUGGAAGGGGAUGGAGACCACUAGCAAGUCAGCAAACCAAUAAGAAAACGGAGUGCGGAGGAGUGCCGUGAGAACACCAGAUCACCAAUGGAAUGGGAGGGACUGGAGUUGGGGGCAGGCAGCUGUGAGAUAACAGAAAAUAUAUAUUGGUCUCUGCCCCAGUUGCUGGCCCAGAGCUUCUAAAACCCUUGUAAUUUCCAAGUGAUAGGAACACUAGGACUUGUUCUAACUUUUGGUCUUUGAUCCAUCCCUAACAAGGGGCUCCUAAAACCCUUGUAAAUUCCUAAGUGAUAAGAAUACUGGGAGCAUCUUUUGUUCUAAUAAGGCAACUCUAGGUGGACUCCUGGAUGGCUCCUGGAUGGGAGCUGGUCACCAGAAAUACCAACCCAUGAUUAAGAUAUGCU